GGUUACACCCCACGUAUCAUGAUGGUAAUAUCGGUGCACAGACGGUGACGGUGCUACGAUACUUGCAACGCUUCAUCACCUUGAAUUAUGCCCAUCAAGCACGUAGUUGCGCCGCCGUCAGUCGACGUCUUCAAGCCCGAUAUAUUUGAAGGCAAAGUUCUAUUUUGCACAGGCGGAGGGUCUGGGAUAUGUAAAGCAAUGGUGGAGGCGAUCAUGCGCCACGGCGCUAAUGCAACCAUCGUUGGCCGGAAACUUGAUAGGCUCACAGAGGCUGCGAACGAGCUCUCGCAGCUCACGGGACAGACGUGUGUGGCUGCGCGUGCAGACGUCAGAGAUCCUCAGCAACUGAAGGAGGCUGUUGCUAAAACUAUCGAGCGCUUUGGCCGCGUCGACUUCGUUAUUUGCGGUGCAGCGGGUAAUUUCUUGGCUUCUAUCGAUGGCAUGUCGGAAAACGCAUUCAAGACGGUCGUCGAAAUCGACACGCUGGGAACGUUCAACACGGUUAAAGCUACUCUCCCAUACCUCAGAGCAUCUCACGGCGCCUACAUCCACGUGAGCUCGACGCUUCAUCACAAAGGAACACCAUACCAAGCACAUGUGUCAGCAGCCAAGGCUGGUGUAGAUGCGUUCUCUGCGGUGCUUGCAUUAGAAGAAGGUCCUAAGGGUAUUCGCUCCAACGUCAUAGCCCCAGGUCCGAUCGCCGGCACCGAGGGCAUUUUGCGACUCUCAACUCAGAUGGUACGCUCAGCUGGUUCCUCUGCAUAUCCUCUCGGCCGUAUGGGCAGGGUGCAGGAUGUUGCAAGUGCUGCGGUGUUCCUGUUCAGCGAUGCAGCAUCCUAUAUUAAUGGUCAAGUACUGGUUGUGGAUGGUGGCUUCGAGCAUGUUAGAGUUUCCCAGUUACCUUACCCUCAGGCUGUCCUCGAUCCAGAGAGCGUCAAGUCUAUGAUCAAAGGCAAACUCUAACAUCCGUUUAUUAGUUUCACCAAGUUCGCACAUCACACCAUUUAGUCAGUCGGGCUCAUGCGCCACUGGGUGGUAUAU